UCCUCCCUCCCCUCUCGUCCCCUCCCCUCAGGAGACCCGAAGCAGGACCUGGCCUACGAGCGGCAGUACGAGCAGCAGACCUACCAGGUGAUCCCCGAGGUGAUCAAGAACUUCAUCCAGUAUUUUCACAAGACGGUGUCGGACCUGAUCGACCAGAAGGUGUACGAGCUCCAGGCCAGCCGCGUCUCCAGCGACGUUAUUGACCAGAAGGUGUACGAGAUCCAGGACAUCUAUGAAAACAGCUGGACAAAGCUGACAGAAAGGUUUUUUAAGAAUACCCCGUGGCCGGAGGCCGAGGCCAUUGCCCCUCAGGUUGGAAAUGAUGCUGUUUUCCUCAUCCUGUACAAGGAGCUGUAUUACAGGCACAUCUACGCCAAAGUCAGCGGGGGGCCCACGCUGGAGCAGAGGUUUGAAUCCUAUUACAACUACUGCAAUCUCUUCAACUACAUCCUCAAUGCUGAUGGCCCUGCUCCUCUGGAACUGCCCAACCAGUGGCUCUGGGAUAUCAUAGAUGAAUUCAUAUACCAGUUCCAGUCUUUCAGCCAGUACCGCUGCAAGACCGCCAAGAAGUCUGAAGAGGAAAUAGAUUUCCUGCGUUCCAACCCCAAGAUCUGGAACGUCCACAGUGUCCUUAAUGUGCUGCACUCUCUGGUGGACAAAUCCAACAUCAACCGACAGCUGGAGGUCUAUACAAGUGGAGGUGACCCUGAAAGCGUUGCUGGUGAAUAUGGUCGCCACUCCCUCUACAAGAUGCUGGGCUAUUUCAGCCUGGUUGGGCUACUGCGUCUGCACUCUCUGCUCGGGGAUUACUACCAAGCAAUCAAGGUUCUGGAGAACAUCGAGCUCAACAAGAAGAGCAUGUACUCCCGGGUGCCUGAGUGCCAGGUGACCACCUAUUACUACGUGGGCUUCGCAUACCUUAUGAUGCGGCGUUACCAGGAUGCCAUCCGUGUCUUUGCCAACAUCCUCCUCUACAUCCAGAGGACCAAGAGCAUGUUUCAAAGGACGACCUACAAGUACGAGAUGAUUAACAAGCAGAACGAGCAGAUGCACGCACUCCUGGCCAUCGCCCUCACCAUGUACCCCAUGCGCAUAGAUGAGAGCAUCCACCUGCAGCUGCGAGAGAAAUACGGGGAUAAGAUGCUGCGCAUGCAGAAGGGCGACGCACAAGUUUACGAGGAGCUCUUCAGUUACGCUUGCCCCAAGUUCCUCUCCCCUGUAGUGCCCAAUUACGACAACGUGCACCCCAACUACCACAAGGAGCCCUUCCUGCAGCAGCUCAAGGUCUUUGCUGAAUGCCCAAUUACGACAACGUGCACCCCAACUACCACAAGGAGCCCUUCCUGCAGCAGCUCAAGGUCUUUGCUGAAGAGGUUCCUCAAGCUCUACACCACCAUGCCCGUGGCGAAGCUGGCCGGCUUCCUAGACCUCACGGAGCAGGAGUUUCGUAUCCAGCUGCUCGUCUUCAAGCAUAAGAUGAAGAACCUGGUAUGGACAAGUGGCAUCUCUGCCCUGGAUGGGGAGUUCCAAUCUGCAUCUGAAGUCGACUUCUAUAUUGACAAGGACAUGAUCCAUAUUGCGGACACAAAGGUUGCUCGACGCUAUGGGGACUUCUUCAUCCGGCAGAUCCACAAGUUUGAGGAGCUGAAUCGAACCCUGAAGAAGAUGGGCCAGAGACCCUAAAACCUCUCUGGAUGCAGUGAUCAGCCUGAGCAGAAGAGUGGAUGGGAGAGAUUAUUUUCUCAGUGGCAAGGGAAGGGAGCUUAGGGUUCUGGCAUUUCUGGAAUCUCUUGUGACUCUGAAGGGUGUUUUGUACUUAAAUAAGCAGACUCAUUUGGUUCAGACUAUCCUACAAAGGACAAGACAUCUAAUAAAUUAGUGGAAUUUUCCCAGUGAGCAUUCA